AUGGCAACCGCUGUCCAAGGUGGUCCUCCUCCUGAAGAUGACCGAGCUAGAUUCUUCCUGAAUGAAUUGGUUUCUUUCUUCUACAUUGAGACCGGAAAGAAUCGCGCCCUCGUGGAACCACUGAUGAAGUUGUUGGCGGACCGACUGCGAGAAGCCCAGGAGAACACAUCUUGGGCCGUGUUCCUCUUCAAGGUUUCUCAGAGCUGGCAUGCCCAUCUGAACCGACCUUUCGGACAUGAGCUGCCAUGCGACCGGACGCCGGUCGUCGACUGCGCCGCAGUUCGCGACAUCCUUCGCAAACCCACACCCGUAAUACUUCCAGUGAGACUCCGGGCGUUUCCGGCAUUUCAGCGUUUUGCAAUAUCUCAGAUCCGGCGAUAUAAACCAGCCAAAAACAAGGAGCCAGCCGUCGCUCCUGAGCAACAAGCCGGAGGAGGCGCCGUGAUGCCACGCGAGGACGAACCCGUCGCCGCAUCAUCCGGCCAAAAGCCGACAACACUGCAGCAGCAAAUCGACCAAGAGUGGGCCGUGCUGAUGGCCGGGCCGAACCGACAUGGCUUGGGAGCCUGGGAAGUCCCCGUCCCCGCCGGGCUCGACAGCCGCGACUUUUUGUUUAACCCAGCCGCGACGUCUGAGCACUUUGAGGGGCUCGAUAUUUUCCACAACCCCAUCACCGACACCAUCCGGCCGAUUCUGCGUCUCCCAGCAAGGGUCGUGCAGCCGCGGCCCGAACGGCCCACGCGCCUGUUCGCUCGUUUCAUGCGCGUCAACGAGACGCUGUGGGCGUGGGCCGACGAGAUCAAGGGCGAGCAGGGCAUAAUACCUCUCGAAGAGUGGUUGGAGAAGCGAGCGGAGAUACAGCUUGGUCGGCAGAAGCAGCUGAUGAUUGAGCGCUACGAGAACUGGGACGGUCGGUCUGACUUCGGAUCAGCGCGCGGUCAGCUUGCUGCAACCGGGGCGGACUCUCCGGGAGCUGAGGCUGAAGGUCGCGAGGCGAAACGAAGAAGAACUGAAUGA